GGAAACCGGAAGCUCAAAUGUAGGUUUCGUGCGUGAUAAGCCCGAAACUGAGGUGUCUCAAAGACAGAAAUACCUGUAUAUUUCUUACAAAGUAGGCAAGAUAACUUCUCGGGACAGACUCUAGUCAUAUAUUACUAUUCACCUUUGGUGGUUGGUCGUUAAUAGGACAAAAUGGGUUGCUGGUUUUCCAAAAAAUCUAAAAGAAAAUCACCCGAAAAAGAACCUACGACGACGGUAGAAGAGAACACGACCAGCAACAACAUUGCCCUCAGCAGCAAUGCAACUGAGGAUCCACCUAAACAAUACAGCUGGGACAAACGUGAAAAGGUUGACCCGAAGGACUUCAUGCUAACGGGGCUGAAGGAUGCCACGGUGGGCCGUCUGCCAGGCAAGCUGAACGGACAGCAGUUUGUCAUCCAGGACUGUGACAACUGUAAGAUCUUCGUGUUGGACCACUCCGCCACCAUCACCAUCGACGACUGCACUAACUGCUGUAUCGUUAUGGGGCCAGUGAAGGGCAGUGUGUUCUUCAGGGACUGUAAGGACAUCAAGUGUGUGGUGGCCUGCCAGCAGUUCAGGACCAGGGACUGUAAGAAGAUGGAGGUGUUCCUGUGUUGCGCCACUCAGCCCAUCAUCGAGGCGUCCACAGGGAUGAAGUUCGGCUGCUUCCAGUACUACUACCCCGAGCUGGCCUUCCACUUCAAGGACGCAGGCCUCAGCAUCUUCAACAACAACUGGAGCAACGUCCAUGACUUCACGCCUGUCUCAGGGGAGACCAACUGGAGCCUGCUGCCUGAGGACACUGUGGUGUUGGACCAUGUUCCAGCCCCUGACCCGGAGUCAGAGUUUAAAUCAGUCCGGAUCUCAGCUGAGGCAUCCCGCAGCAUUGUGCCUAUGACCAAAGGAGGCAGGCGCAAGGAGAGUGACGAGUCCUGUCUGUUUGUGUUCUUCUCUGGGGAGUACACCACUGCUAACGCCCGGAAACUCAUUGAUGAGGCCUCUGGGAAAGGGUUUGUGCUGAUCCAGACUAAGGAAGUGUCCAUGCGCCCAGAGGAUGUCAGCAGAGUGUUCCAGAACAAUGCAGAGGGACUCCUGGAGUGGAUCACCAACGGCCCAGUGACAGCUCUGGAGUUGAAUGGGGACGGGGUAGUGGAGGCCUGCAAGAGCAUGGCCAGUGACAUGUUCAGUGGAACCAAGGUGUUUGUUUCAGACAACAGAAAUACUUCCUCUCGAGAUGUGGACAACUUCUUCAACUUUGCUGACAUGCAGAUGGGCUUGUGAUUGAGUCACUGUAUGACAAUCAAAACUACACCACUGAUACACUUUUGUAUAUUAACACUGGAUAUACCGGUAGGUAGGAGAGAGGACAGGUUGAUCAACAUAGUGAAUGUAGGUAGGAGAGAGGACAGGUUGAUCAACAUAGUGAAUGUAGGUAGCAGAGAGGACAGGUUGAUCAACAUAGUGAAUGUAGGUAGGAGAGAGGACAGGU